GGGGCCUGACGGCGCGAGCGACAUGAGAGCGUAAGGAGCGGUAGCGCGCGCGUUGUUGCGGUCUAUCGACUCCUCGGACUCGAGCGGGGAUAACCGAAGUGCGCGGCGCGAGGCACGCUGGAGGUGCCGCAGCCGUACGUCGUGCCAUGCCAGUAUAAAUAUUGUUCUGUCGCUCGCGCGAACCGCAGCUUCUCUGCUCCUUUCUUUCACGCUGCUCCUCUCUUUCGUUAAUAUCUCUUCCCUUCUUCUUUUCUUUUUUUCAUCCUUUCCCUUCCUCAUUGUCUCGUCGCUGCUGGCCGCUCGUUCACGUUCGCCUCGUCACACGCACGAUUCAGCUCCCCCGACGAAAUUGCCGAAAUAAAAAAUAUACGGGCGCGAAGUAUUCGAGUGAUCGCAGUGAUAACCGCGAUUCGUUCAGUGAUAGAGACUUCCCGCGAUAGAAUGGUCGGAGUAGUUAUCCCAUGUAAUCCCGCAGGACGCGAAACGUCCGGUGAGUCGCGGUGACCGUGCCGCUCUGUCAUCUGUUUCCAAGAAAAGAGAGAGAGAGAGAGAGAGAGAAAGAGAAAGGGAGAGGGAAAGGAAAGAGGGAGCAAGAGCGAGAGGACUGGCCUCUACCUGCGGGCGAGCGACCGAGGCGAGAUCCGUGUGUAUGUGUGGUAACCCGUGGUAUGGCUCGUCGUCGAUGGUUCCUCGCCGCCUUUAUUACAGCGGAACCCGAAUGCGUGCGCGAACGCGAGCGUACCCCUCUCGCCUGACCGGCCUACCCCGCCACCGUAAGGCUGCGUUCACACGUGAAAUUGAUUUUCGCGCGGGGACCGUCAUCCGGCCGUUCCUCGCCGAGGAGUCGCAUUACCACGGUUAAUGAACGGAACCAACGCCGGCCGAUCGUCCAAUCAGCUUUUAGCCAGGCUGGACGAGCGUAGUCGAAUGCAGCUGGGCUCAGCAUGCCCUCUAAGAAGCAAUACAACCUCGUACAUAAUGACGAGUACGACACGCGAAUACCGCUGCACAGCGAGGAGGCGUUCCACCGCGGAAUCGUGUUCCACGCCAAGUUCAUCGGCUCUAUGGAGGUUCCGCGACCGACUAGCCGAGUGGAGAUCGUGGCGGCGAUGCGAAGAAUCCGCUACGAAUUUAAGGCCAAAGGGAUCAAGAAAAAGAAAGUGACGCUGGAGGUCUCGGUGGAUGGGCUGAAAGUGACCCUACGGAAAAAGAAGAAGAAACAGCAGCAAUGGAUGGACGAGAAUAAAAUAUAUCUGAUGCAUCAUCCAAUUUACAGGAUAUUUUACGUUUCGCACGACAGCCACGAUUUAAAAAUAUUCAGUUACAUUGCCCGUGACGGGAGCAGUAAUACUUUCAAAUGUAACGUCUUCAAAUCCAGCAAAAAGAGUCAAGCAAUGAGGGUAGUCAGAACAGUCGGGCAAGCUUUCGAAGUGUGCCAUAAGUUAAGCAUAAACAACACUACGGAGGAUCGGGGAGAGAAGGACGGGGAGAAUCACGGUGAAAAUUACGGUGAUGUUUACGAGGACCAAGACGAAAUUCCUAACGAGCAAUCUCAGCCUUCUCCGACGCCGGUACAUAAAGACAUAUCGUUAUUGGGGGAUACUGAAGAUUCGGUACCCGAGCAAACGUCCGUUACCUGUCUACUUCGAUCGCACGAUGGACCGGCGACGACAACCUCUACCUCACCAAUCAGACAGUCGCCGUCGGGCACGGUGACCUCCGAGUGCGGAGGUUUAUUGGUGGGAGGAGAAUUAACAGCCCUGAAGCAUGAAAUACAGCUUCUACGUGAACGUUUGGAGCAGCAGAGUCAACAAACCAGAGCUGCUGUUGCCCAUGCGCGACUUCUUCAAGAUCAGUUGGCGGCGGAAACGGCAGCGCGUGUCGAAGCUCAGGCGAGGACGCACCAACUUCUAGUGCAGAAUAAGGAAUUACUAGAACAUAUAAGUGCGCUGGUCGGCCACCUGAGGGAACAGGAGCGUGUUUCCGGUGGUCAUGUCACCUCGCAAUCGCAAAUUCCGACGCCCGCGUCCAUGCAACAAAAUGCAGCGGUUUCCGACCUAUCAGGUCUCGGCCAGUGCCAACGGACCGGGGGCCAGAGUUCGCCAUGGGAACUGGACCCACCGACCUUUCCUUACUGUACAUAUCCAUCUGAAUCGCUGUAUUCCGGUGGUCUCGGCGCUAUGGGAAUCCAGAGUAAUAACACCGCCGCAGAUCAACUACAGUUCCAAACGCAGCUGUUGGAAAGGCUACACAACCUAAGCCCGUUUCAGCCUCAGAGAUCGCCCUAUAAUACACCAUCGCCAUAUGCGAUGGGCCCAAGUCUACUUCUACCUCCGUGCAGCGGACCAACGAAUUCAGCUCAGCUGUCGCCAAAUUCUGCGUCCCUGCGAGUCUCUCAACCAAACAGUUUCUCCUCGUCUCCGAUCAUGACUCACAAGCUCGAAAAUUAUGGGACGGAUAAUUCGGACAACGCUUUCAUAAAGCCUUUACCAUGCACCAAUGAUAAAAACAUGGCUCAUCCGUCGCUCGACGUUAAAGCUAAGCAAGAACGCUUGGAUCCUUCCGAAAUACCUCCUAUAAUUCUGGAUCCUCCACCACAAGGCAAACGCAUAGACAGUAUGAUCAAGAAAACGAGCACGAAGCAAAGUUCGAUAGUUCAAGGCACGCAGGACAAUAAGAAUAAUUUGCAGAAUCCGAGAGGUUUGGCGACUAUCUUGCGAUCCACAGGUCCGCCGCCUUCCCGCACGACGAGUGCUCGACUACCCUCUCGCAACGACCUGAUGAGCGAAAUGCAGCGAACGACCUGGGCUCGCCACACCACCAAAUGACGAGACAAUGUCCAACCUACAAUAAUGCGAAUCUGCGUAAUCUUUAACACCGAGAAACAAAGUCGACCAUUUCGUUAGAAUUCGAAGAAAACAUAUCCAAAUGUAUCUUAUUAGUCACGAAUCACGAGAAAAGUUACGCGUGGUUUGACUUAACGGACGACAGGGUUUGCAUUUUCUUCUCGAUCGCUCAAAGUCAAAUCCUUCAUAUUUAGAGAUUUCUAAGAUGUAUAGUAUAUGAUUUUCCGAUACGUUAAAUUGGAGUGUAGAAAAAUUAUUAAACGAGUUGUCAAGUAAAAAUUUGUUGCCAAUAAGAAUUUUGAGAAUAUCUUUUACAAAGAUUUGCUAGAACUUCAGAUCACUCAGUAUAGAUCCAAUAAAUCAUUAUAGUAUAGCAAUAUUCCUAUGACGAACGUGGAAUCACGAUUUUCGACAGAUUGUACAUUCGUUUGUAUCCUACGAGUUACGUCCGUGGAAUGUUUAUAAAAAAAUGAAACGAUAGUUGCGUUCGGACGAAGUGGAAUAUAAUGGAUAUAUACUUCACGCACGUCUCGCGUGUCCGAGGAGACGGAUUGUAAUACGUAAUUCGUACAUUUAUUCGUAUCGUGACAUUUACAGUGUAUUCCCAUGUAUAAAAAGUCGCCAUUUAGCGGACGAACUUGUGCCAAAAGUACCAAUCGUCUUAAGAGAGUUUAUUUUCAGUAUAUUUUUAAGUAAUGUAAAAAUAAAGAGAUAAGCGUGAUCACAGAAUU